CAGAGUUGACGUUUGCUGGGUAAAGCAGCAAUGUUUACAAUAUUUUCAGAUCAUCACUUUUUUGUAUUAAAUUUUAGCGUUUUUACUUUGCGUGGGCUUUUAAGUCAUUAAAUGAGUAACUAAAACGUUACAGGUGAUACCGUUACAGACAGUAGUCCGAUGAACCACACAGCUGAUUGAGAAACCCAUUUGUUUACACCAUGCAAAUGCAGCUGGGCGCGAUUCCCCCACGAUAAGCAACGAAAGUGAAAGUGCCAGCGAUAACGAUGGCCACCAAGGAAUGCGACGAUAAAAGUGAUAUAAAAAUCAAGGAAAAGCUUAACCUGCACGUCAAGAAACGAUUGCAGGAAAAUGGAAAAGAAGCAUCGCUAGAGAAAAAUGAUUCCAAAGACCGGAGCAUCCCUGCCAACACGGCAGCAGCCCCCAGCUCGUCCGCUGCUCCUCCGCGAGCUAAAAGACAGAAAACCACCAAAAGUUCCUCGAAACAGACGACAAACGCAUCAGUGGCCGGAACAGGCUCAUCGAUUGCUUCGACAGCAACCCGAUCCAAUGAUCUGCUCCUUUCGCCCGGAGCGGCCAACAGUAACGAUACGACUAACAGCAGUAUCAAUUCCACCGACCAGGACGGCGAGCUGAAUGAUCGGGACACGUGCGACAAAGGAGAUAAGGGAACGGGAAAGUCCAACCAGCGGGUUGAUAUAUUUGCGAUGAUACUGAAUCAAAAGAAAAGCUCCCUGCUGUGUGAUCCGGAGGUGAUUCAGUUUAUGAAAACCCUUACCGAGGGCAAGAAAUGAAAAUCCCAACGUUAACAUCCAAUUUGUGUUCAGUUUGUUCUCGUACUCUAGGGCAAGUUUACAAAUUUGCUUAAGUAAUGUGCAAUGUGAAAUUAGCACUAGACUAUGCGAAACAGCAAAGCGUAGAGCAGAUUAAAAUAAUAAAAUAAAUAGAGAUAAACUCACUAGACAUUCCGAUCAAAGUA